AUGGGCCGCACGCACGCCACUCCGUCGAUGAGGACGCGUCGCGCGCUGCUCGCGCUGCUGGCCGGCCUGCUGGGCGCCGCGGCGCUGGUGGUCGGCGCGCUCCGCGCGCAGCUGGGCGUGGACCCGCGCCUCGCGGCCCGGCCGGCGCGCCCCGCCGGCGCGCGCGGCUGCUCCGUGCGCGUGAACACGUUCCGGCGCAACGACCUGCUGGCGGGCUUCGUGGAGCACUACGAGCGCUGCGAGGCCGCCGCCGAGAUCGUCGUCGUCUGGUCGGACCCGGCGAACGCGCCGCCGCGCUGGCUCGCGCGGCGGAGGGCGCGGGGGGGGGCGGCGCCGCUGCGCGUGGAGCGCUUCGCGGAGGACUCGCUGAACAACCGCUUCGCGCUGCAGCGGCGGCCCGCGGCGGACGCGGUCUUCUCGGUCGACGACGACGUGAUCCUGGCCUGCGCCGACCUGCGGCGCCUCGUGGACGCGUGGGCCGCGGCGCCGGCGAACAUGGCCGGCGUCGCGCCGCGGCUCGUCGCGCGCGACGCGCGGACGCGGCGCUGGCGCUACCUGCGGAGCUGGCACGUCUGGUGGACGGGCCGCUUCUCGCUCGUGCUCACCAAGGCCGCCGUGCUGCACCGCGACCACUUCGCCGCCUACCGGGCCCCGGCGCUCGCCGCCGCGCGGGCGCGCGUCGACGCGGGCCGGAACUGCGAGGACCUGCUGAUGGCCUGCGUCGUCGCGAACGCGACGCGCGCGCCGCCGCUCUGGGUGUCGGCGCGCUACGUCGACCGCGGCCAGGCGCUGCUUGGGCUCGGGGGCCACCAGGGCAUCUCCGCGGCCGCCGGCCACGUCGCGGCGCGCGGCGAGUGCCUGGACGCGUUCGCCGGCCCGUUCGGGGGUCUGCCGCUCGCGACCGGCGCGGCGAAGCUCUCAGACGCGCGCGCCGCCUGGCUCUGGUAG